CUCGAGGGCCCCGCCCCCCUCCCCCUACGCGCCGCCGCCCGCCCCCGCGCCGCCCACGCCCAGCUCGGGGGCCAGGGGGCAGAGAUGGCGCAGAGGUCGAACGACUCCGUGCAGAGGGUGGAACCCGUGGACUUUGGCGGUCUAGCAGUCUCAACGGCCAAGAGCGUGGUGAAGAAUCGGCCGGUGUCCGUCUCUUUGUGGGCACUGGGAUUGCUUCUCGCCGCGUUCGCGAACGGGUUCGCCGUCAGUAAGGACACCCAGGAGCGGUACGAGAUCACUCUCAGAGCGGCCGAGAAGGUGGACAGGAAAGAGUUGAACGAGGCCAUGAUCGAGAUGAGUCACGCGGAAAGGCGCUACUACAAUUCCAAGGGGUGGUUCUCCUGCGACAGGACGUGCGAGCGGAACAGGGACAGCUACAAUAUGGCCACGAGCAGGAUGCAGCAGGUGAAGGGCAAGCGCGACCAGAUCAUGUCCGAGGCCAGGAGCGAGGUGGGCAUCUGGUCCACCUUCGGCGUGGCCGAGGUGCGCGCGGCCUUCUGGAGCGCGUGGCAAUCUGGCAAGGACUGGGCCGCCCGGGACAAUGUACGAUGCGAUAUUCAUGGCUGUGGGGGGUAG